AUGUCGCGGGUUGAAGAACUUCCAGAUGACUUCGACGAGGCGCUCGACCUCAACAAGGUCCCACCCGCCAUCGCCGAGAGCCUUCCCCAGCCAGGCUUUGACGCCUUUGCGGCUGCCAAUAAUGAAAUUCCCUUCCCGAUCAACGAGGAGGCGCUGAAGGCGCGCCAAACAGAUCCGAAUGCGCCUGAACUUCCUCCAGCUAUUGCUGCGGUUCAAUCGCAUACUUCAGAGGAAUUGAUGGCAAUGAUGAAUAAGACUCCAUUGUUUAUGACCGAUAUCGAGAAUGCGGGUGACGAGAAGGGUGAAAACGUGCUUCUAGAUGCUCUCCAGGCUCUGCAGAACGAAGGUACCAGGGCCGAGGUCGCGCAGACAUUCAAGUCACAAGGCAACGAAGCUGUGCAGGAACUCAAAUGGAUAGACGCCAAAGAGUUCUACACAAAGGCUAUUGCUGUUAUUAAUGCUAAGGAGGAUAAAUGGGAGAAGCCUGAAGAUCCCAAGGAAGAGGAGGCGUUGUUGCGCAAGAUCGAGGAGGCAUCCCACAUCAACCGGGCACUGUGCAACUUGGAGCUGGGAAAUUACCGUAGUUGCACUCUCGACUGUGCUGCCGCCCUCAAAUUCAACCCCAAAAACAUCAAGGCCUUCUAUCGCUCUUCCUUGGCACUCUUUAAGCUGGACAAGAUCGCCGAGGCUGAAGACUCUGCAGCCCGAGGACUGGCAAUUGACCCGGAAAGCAAGGCUCUGAAGGAGUCUGCCAAGAAGAUCGCCGAGCGCAAGGCUCUGUUGGAGCGUGCUGCCGCGAGGAAAAAGGCCGAAGAGGAGAAAGUGCGCAAGCAGAACAUGAUCCUUAGUACAGCCCUUCGCGCCCGUCAGAUCAGAACCCGCAAAACCGAACAGCCUCCUGAUUUGGAAGACGCCAGGAUCCGCAUGGUCCCCGAUCCUCUGUCACCUGAGAGCACUAUCGAAUUCCCGGUCGUUCUACUUUAUCCCAUGGAGGCCCAGUCUGACUUCAUUAAGUCUUUCUCGGAGAUGAAUGCCAUCGAGGACCACCUGCAGUACAUCUUCCCGCUUCCGUGGGACACUAAGAAGGAAUACACCGUCGAAGGUGUAGAGUGCUUUAUGCAGACUGUCACCGGUGGUUUGAUCAAGGCAGGCAAGAAGCUGCCUUUGUUGCAAAUUCUCUCUGGUGGUAAGGUUGAGGUUGUGGAUGAACUUGUCAGCAUUUUUGUCGUGCCAAUUUCCAAGACUGGUAAAUUCAUUGCGGAUAUGAAGGCUCGCAAAACGGGCUGA